CACACGUUUGCAGUCCCGGGAACACACACCCCUCGCGCGCUCUGUGACUGACAGCGGCACUCAGCCUUAUCCUCUGCCCCCCCCCCCCCCAACACGUCCUUACACCCCUGGCUCCCUCAGCAUAAGCCAUUCUCCUCAGCCCAUCCUCCCAGCCCUUUGCUUGACUAGAGCGGGAGUGACAUGUCAAGCAGUGUGUGCCUGUGCGGCGGAGUGAGACAACGGACGUGUUCUUGAGACCUCUGCUUGCGGCGCGUCGAGAUAACAGAGAGGAAUGAGCGACAAGACAGCCCUCCUUCUGACCUCGAUUUCGACCUCCGCGAUGGCUGACGACCAGGAGCCUCUCUCGGCGCCGAACUGGGCUCUCCUGCUGACCGCCGUCGCCGCGAUCAUCAUCUCCAUCCUGGGAUUCUUCGGGAACCUCCUGACGAUCCUCGCGCUGCCGUACUCCCUUCGCCUCCGCAACGCAGCUACCUGGUUCGUCGUGAAUCUUGCCGUGGCGGAAGGCAUCUUUUGCGUCACCAUCCUGCCCAUGUCCGCUGCUCACCUGUUCUACCUGUACGUCACCGGGGAGGGCAUGUUUACGUCGGGUGGGUGCAGCGCCUUCGUUUUCCUGCGCUACGUCAACAUCCAGGCGGAAUUGCUGUCUAUAGCGGCCAUCGCGGUUAACAGAUGUGUGUUGAUCGCGGUUCCCAAGAAGUACCCGAAAGUCUACACGGGAGCCAAGACUAUCAUCAUCAUAACGGCGAUCUGGGCAUUCUCCAUCUUCCUCAUGCUAAUACCCCUCCUCAAGAUCUACGGCCACCUGGGCUACAACAGGGAUACCCACGAGUGUGACUUCAUGGAGGACACGCCGGCGAAGCAAGGGCCGAGGAAAUUCUUCUUGGGCAUCGGAUUCUUGCUUCCCUGCAUCGUUAUCAUUGCGCGGCAAAGUUCAGCCAAAGUUCAAGCACGGAGGAAUAACAGCCUUAAUAACAGUGUCAAUAGUGACGUCAGAAACAGCCGCCCGGCAGAAGGACUGAGAUCACGUGACAUCCGCAUCGCCCGAACAAUUGGCGUGAUUUUCUUGGUCUUUCUUGUCUGCUGUAUGCCGGUCUCCAUCGUGCAUUAUCAGUACAAGAAGCUUCAGACACCAACACUCCUGCUCCUUCUGCACCCUUUGUAUUGGGCUCAAUAUUGCAUCAACAUCUUCAUCUACGUGUUUAUGAAUCGCCAGUACAGAGACGCCUACGUUAAUUAUAUCUCCAGGUGGUGGCCGGACUUCAGGGAGCUCUCCCGCCGCAACUUCAAGUGGAAGGAGGAGCCAACGAGCGACAGCGGCCGGAGAGUCUCUCGCGCCAACACCCCCAGCAGCGUCGUCAAGUUCGCCACCCGCAAGAACUCCACCAAGUCCUUCAGGAGCCCCAUCGAUCCUCCGGGGACGCCGAGAACAGCGGAGAAAGCGGGGACGCCGAUGCUCUCCGAUACACGCAUCUAAGAAGACACGUCUUGUGGAGGGACGCGAGAGGAGAUAGAGGAAGGGAGUGCGAACGGUGCAUGGGGGGAAAGGGCAAGGAUAAUUAGGAACAGGAGGAUAAACGCAGGAAUGAAAAAACAACAGAGAGGUGUAUAAUCAGAAAGUUUAUGAUAUUCGCUUGCUGUGUU